CUCUUCUCCGUCCGUCCUUGCUCAUCGUCCUUGACGAUGGCUCCAUUGGUAGCAUCCGCGAGCUCGUCAUCUAGUGCGGUGAACACUGCAUACUCUCUCUCUCUUCUCUCGGAGUAUACCCAUACCCUCGACUCCCUUCCCAUAGAUCUCUCCCGCAAUUUUGCAGACCUACGAGAGCUCGAUGCAGUCCUCUCUUCUUCGAUGACAUCCAUUACAGCUAAAAUCACCAGCCUGACUCAAAUGAUUGAGAAAGGUACUGGGUUGAAGGAAGAACGCUUAUGGCUUCUGACGGAAAUUGCUGAAGAGGCUCAGAGGCUCAAACAUGGGGAUGAGGACAAGAUUCGAGUUGCUUGUCAAGCAGCCGACAAUCUCAAAGCCCACACCGCAUAUCUUCGGUCAUUAUCAGACCUUGUCCCAGAGUUCGAUGCAACGACACUCAACAGACACACUGCAUACCCCCAUGUUGCCGCCAAGUCGUACAUGCCAGUCGCGUUGCUCGAACACGGGAGGCGACGAAGAGCUGCCUAUGGCUCAUUGUUAACAAGCGCAACAGACCCAAGUCCAGCGAAGAGAAAGCGGGUUAUCAAAGAUGAUGAUGGGGACGGUAGGACACCCAGGAAGGAGAGAAUUUCCGAAGCUACAUUGUCUCGGCCUCGGAACGGGGCUCGUGCAAAAAAAACGGACCGCGGAGCUUCACCCGCCGAAUCAACCCUUUCCGUCACCUCUCAUAACGUACCCCCACCGUCUCAACAUCAAGGGUCAUCAUCGCGAGGACCAUCUCAGCUUGAUGCGCCUCGAGUAGCCAAUGGAAACAGCUCGCACGCCUCGGCCAACAAACGAGCUCGUUCAUCUGCGUAUCGUGGUACAAGUCCUUCUCAGAACGACCAACUUCCUAAUGGCACGUCGUAUGGGCAACAAACACCCAAUCAUAUCAAUUCCCAUUCUAACAACUCUCGCCGAGAAGCCUACCAUCUACCUCCAUCUUCUUCACAUCCAUCUCUUCCUCUUCCCUACGCAAACGGAUUUGGUCACUCAAUACCACACCCACCCCUACCUAGCGUUGUUAACGAUUGGAAUGCAUCGAGAAACCAGCUAGAAGGUCCAGGAAUGCCCGCGAGGAAUGGCGCUGGCUAUGCAGGCCUCACUGCGAUACCCCCCGUCACGAAUGGGAUAGCAUCAGAACCCCCGAACGAACCAGAUGAUGGCGAAGCUGAUCCGGAAACGGAUGACAAACCAUACUGUUUCUGCAAUCGUGUUAGUUUCGGAGAAAUGAUUGCGUGUGAUAGCAAAGAUUGUGAAAUUGAAUGGUUCCACCUGAAUUGCGUUGCUCUUGAGGCAGUCCCUACGGGUACUUGGUUUUGCGAUACAUGUAAGAACAAGAAGAAUAACAAGAGAUCAGGUAGAGGGGGCAAGAGGCGUGCUGGAGGCAAUCGUGGUGGAAGGGGGACUGCUGGCGCUUGAUACGUAGUUUUUUCCCUUUUUCCAUUUCUGCUGUAUUUUAUUUCUUACUUACAUGUUAAUAAUUCUGCUGGGCUCGCUGUUGUGUAGUAUGUAUUAUCGUUCUUCUUGCAAUACUUUUUCGACUCCUAUUC